UUACUUGUGUCAGACAUAGACUUUGAUUCACAGUCUUGUAGGUUUUAACGUGUAUUGUUUUUCUUUAUUUUAUUUAAUUCUCUAAUAUAUUUUGUUCUAGAGUAUCUAGUUCUAUCGACCAUGGACUGGAGGACGGUUCUUGUCGCGUUCUCCUUGGUGCUCUACGCUGAUGGAUUUUCAAAAUAUGGUCGAACGUGUAAGGACAUCGGAUGUCUCAAUAGCGAAGUUUGCGUGUUAGCUGAAGAUCCAUGCUCGUUUGGUCACACUUCAAAUUGUGGCACAUACCCUACAUGCAAGAAGAAGACACAAGUCGAAGGUUCCCAUUCAGAACCAGCAAAGCCAUCAGUGCCACAUCCUACACCUAAACCCCAAACUCCAACGAAUCAUUUCGAUUCACCCCCGAACUACCCCGCACCAGCGCCGCCAAAUAACUCUCCAUACGGUAACAAUCCUUACGGAGGCCACUCCCAAGGGGGUAGCACUUUUGGGGGAAACUCCCCAUACGGGGGCAGCAACCCUCCAUACGGAGGCAAUAAUUCCCCGUAUGGUGGAAAUAAUUCUCCUUACGGCGGCCAUAACAACCCUUACGGUGGCAACUCACCUUACGGAAGCAAUUCGCCUUACGGAGGCAAUUCGCCCUAUGGAGGCAAUUCGCCCUAUGGAGGCAACUCACCCUACGGCGGGUCAAGGCCCACGUCUUCGGGAGGCUUCGGCAGCGGCGGUGGAAACCCGUUAGACAGCAUCAUCAACACCUUGAGCAAAUAUGCUGGCGGAGCAGGCGGAUCGACUGGCAACACUGGCACAAACCAACCAGGAAGCAAUGGCUUAUCAAACAUCUUCGGCGGUAUCCUCAACGACUUAACCAAGAACGGAGGUUUGAAUAAUUUAUUCAACACCCGACCUAUUAUGGAAAACCCUAAUUAUUCUUCUUACAAUUCGAAUUCGAGGAGUUCUAAACCCCAGAAUUAUCCAUCAGGUCAGCCGAGCUAUCAGACACCCACACAAAAUAAAAACUAUGGGCAAGCGCAUGCGCAACCCGGUGGGGCCACAACUCACAAACCUGUGUCCUAUGGCUGGAACGUCGGGUAAAUAGCCCUAACUAUUUUGGUAGAAAUUGGUGCGGCUUCUUUUCCUUUUUCUUCGCUUUGCAUGCCUAGCACCGCCAUUUUUUUAAAUCUGAUUGUUUCAGCCAAUACUGUGAUACUCAGUGCCUUUAAUGUAUUAUAAUUAAUUUGCUUUAUUCGGAAAUGAAAACAUAUUUAUUCAAUUAAGGAUUAUUCAACUACAAUAAUUUUUACCAAUUAUAUAGUAGUGAAUUAUAAUGUUUUGCGUAA